UUCAAUCAAUCCCUUCUUCAGCUUUGGGUGGCCUCCUCGUUGGACACUCAUGAAGGUUCUGAAAAUAACAAAGAAAUCUACAGGUCUGAUGGCCACCCCCAAUGGAAGAGAGGACUCCAGCUGCCAGAUACCUGGUCACGGGAAGCAGGGAAGUGGAACCUUUGUGGAGAAGCUGGACCACACAGAGAGGCUGGAGGCGGAGGUGCCAGACCAAAGUGUCAUGUGGACGAAAGCACAAGAAUUCUUCCAGACCUGUGAUUCCGAGGGCAAGGGCUUCAUUGCCAGGACAGAUAUGCAGAGGCUACAUAAGGAGUUGCCCCUAAGUCUGGAAGAACUGGAAGAUGUGUUUGAUGCUCUGGAUGCUGACGGCAAUGGCUUUCUGACCCCAGAAGAGUUCACCACUGGAUUUAGUCACUUCUUCUUCAGUCAGAACAGCCAAAGAGAGGAGGAUGCUGACCAGCAGGCGGGCCGGCUCCAAGAGGAGAAAGUGUAUCAGUCGAGAGGGGAGGAGGGUGUGGGAGACGUGGACCAAGAUGAGGAAGAUCAGUUUCAGAUGCUGAUGGACAGACUUGGAGCCCAGAAAGUUCUGGAAGAUGAAAGUGACGUCAGGCAGCUGUGGCUGCAACUGAAGAAGGAUGAGCCUCACCUGCUGUCCAACUUCGAAGACCUCCUCACCACAAUCUUCGCUCAGCUCCAAGAAGCCCAUGAGCAGAAGAAUGAACUGGAGUGUGCCCUCAGGAAGAAAAUUGCUGCUUAUGAUGAAGAAAUCCAGCAUCUCUAUGAGGAGAUGGAACAGCAGAUCAAAAGUGAAAGGGAACAGUUCCUUCUAAAAGACACAGAGAGGUUCCAGGCUCGCAGCCGGGAGCUGGAAAGGAAGCUGAGUGCCAAGGAGCAGGAGCUGGAGCGGCUCAAUCAGAAGCAAAGAAGGCUGGAAGGCCAGUGUGCAGCUCUACACAACGACAAGCAUGAAACCAAGGCUGAGAACAGCAAGCUGAGACUCACUAACCAGGAGCUGGCCCGAGAGUUGGAGCGCACCUCCCACCAACUCCAGGAGGCCCAGCAGCAGCUGGAGAGCCUCCAGAGAGAGGCCUGUGAGCUGCAGCAGGAGAAGGAGAUGGAAGUAUACCGAGUGACUGAGAGUCUGCAGCGGGAGAAGUCUGGCCUCCUGAAGCAGCUGGAUUUCUUAAGGGAAAGGAACAAAUACCUCCGGGAUGAACGGGACAUAACUUUCCAGAAAGAUAAGGCGGCCAAGGCAAACACAGCUGCUUCCAAGGCAAGCAGGAAGCAAAGAUCUGGCUCUGUGAUCGGCAAAUAUAUGGAUGGAAGGGGAAUUUUCAGGAGCCAGUCAGAGGAGGAGGAAGAUGUAUUCGGCACCCUGAGGAGGAGAAGCUCUGUGGGCCUGAGUGCAUAUCUCCAGGCGGAAGAGGAACUGGGAAGUGGGGAGCCAGGGGCUGGGGUUCCACGUCGCCAGACACUCCGAAGAAUCAUCUCCAUUGAGGAAGAUCCCCUGCCUCAGCUUCUAGAAGGAGGCUUUGAGAAGCCACUGAGCAGAUGCCCAGAAGAGGAGGAGGUCUCUGACCAGGGAACAGAAGGGCAAAGCGUGGUAGCCCCAGCCUUGGAUCUCAUCCCUACCUCUCCCCGAGGGCAGCCUGUUGGAAAAGAGACCAUCUACAAGGAGGAAAGGGUUCCUUCUACCCCUGACCGGCUCUUUAAGAUCGUGUUUGUGGGUGACUCUGCUGUAGGGAAGACAUCCUUCCUGAGGAGGCUCUGUGAGGCCCGUUUCUCCCCAGGCAUGGUGGCCACUGUGGGCAUCGACUACCGAGUGAAGACGGUCACUGUGGACAAUGCGCAGGUGGCUCUCCAGCUGUGGGACACUGCUGGCCAGGAGAGAUAUCGCUGUAUCAGUCAACAGUUCUUCAGAAAGGCCGACGGUGUGGUUGUUAUGUAUGACCUCACAGCCAAGCAGUCCUUCCUGUCGAUCCGCCAGUGGCUGAGCAGCGUGGAGGAAGCUGUGGGAGACCGAAUUCCUGUUCUGCUGCUGGGCAAUAAACUUGACAAUGAGAAGGAGCGGGAAGUGCCCCGGGGCCUGGGAGAGCAACUCGCCAAGGAGAACAGUUUGAUCUUCUAUGAAUGCAGCGCCUGUUCCGGUCACAACACCAACGAGUCCCUGCUCCACCUGGCCAGGUUACUCAAGGAGCAAGAGGACACAGUAAGGAAGGACACCAUCCAGGUUGGCCCCCCUGCCAAGAAGAAAUCCUGUUGUGGCUGACAGUAGCCCCCCAUCCCGAGCCAGCCUGCCCAUGCCCAUGGUCACCUUCAGCCAGCAGCCCUUCAAAGCCCGAGGUCACGUAGCUGCUUGAAACAGCACUUGGGCUCCUAUACAGCAACACCUGGCAAGGCCCACUCUGCCUUGCCCUUGUUGAUGACUCGCCUCCCCUAAUGGAAGGAAACACCUGCAGCCAGGAAGACUGCUUUUUCUGUAUUUUGGAAUCUUUUCCUUCUUCUCUUCUACACCCCAAUACCCACUCCUUCCCCUCCCUCCUCCAAAGUGGUUUUCUGAAAGAAAGGAGCAGAUGGGCUUUUCCAGAAAAGUCACCACGUGCCUUCUCCACCUCCCUUCUCCUCUCUCCAUGCCCUCAGGAGUCUCUGCACUGUAGUUGCCAUGGCAACUGCAGGGGUAACUUGCUGUUUCUUGAAGGCCAAAGAUGUGCCAUUUGGGUGAUUCUGGGGUGGCCUGUCUUGCUUUGUCCCCUGCUCUCCAGAAACCAAAGAGCUGCUCUUGGCACACGGGUGAUGGACCUUGAGAUACUCGAGUAUCUGCCCCAGCUCCCAGGGUUCUCUGCUUCUCCCUGAGUUCCUGAAUACGAGCUUCACAAGCCUGUCCCAGCUAACGCUGCUGUCACUGGAUCUGUGCCUGUGGGUCUCUGACAUGUGUUUCCUAAUGACCCUGCAACUCUGGCUCCGGGGUGAACAGUGGAUGACAGCUCCAUGCCUGGAGUUACACAGCACACAUACUUUCUACUUAACUUUGAAAAAGAAAACCGAAAGGGGAAGCCAUCUAUGACUAAAGACAGUGGCCAUUUCUGAAGGCUCUGCGUAAGUUUUAUGUUGUACAUAAAAAGCAUUUUCUGAGGGUUUCUCCAAAUACCUCUUUGGAAGAAAAUCACAUCUGAUUAUCGACAGGGUAGAUUGCCAGGUAGGUGUGUGGAGGGGAAUGACAUCCAACACUAGGUCUGUAAUUAUUGGCUUCAUUUAUUUCAUUUUCUUUGAUUCCAGGAGAUCAUACUGAUUUUUAUUUUUUUUCCAGCUUGAGACAUUUUAUUACACAUUUUCAGAUGCUGAUUUCUAGGUUUAAGGAUAAAAUGCAUUUAAAAAACACAUAUAUAUGGGAUACAUUUCCUUUGUGUGAAGAAAUACAAAUGAGGCGUGAAUUAAUUUUUAAAAUGUAGCUGUUACAGUGACAUUUUGCGGAUGCUUGAGAAGUGAGCUGCCUCUCGCCACUGAUGUCAGCAGAGGGCACUAGGCUUCAGGGAAUGACCUGAACCUUGUAAGGGUCCAUUCCCUGCUUCUGGUCAGCACUAAAUGUCUGGGUGCUAGAAAAUACAUCCUUGUCCUAGAUGGAAGGUAGGAGAGAAAGAUCACAAAUCACUUUUCACAAGUGAUUGACAUUUGUCUGACACUGUCUUCUCUUCUUCAGUAGAAGAGCCAGGCACCAGCCCAAGGGAAGGUGGGUGACCCACAUCCAACAAAUGAGGUUCACUAAGAGGAUAGAAUAUUAAGGACAAACUCCACAUAGCUAAAUAAGCAAGGAGAGACAACAAGCCAGAGUUCCUAGGCAUGUUGUACAGUCUCUUUCCCAGACUCCUCAAAGAACAAGAACCCCACAGUCAUCGGGCACAUGCCUAACUGCUUUCGGAAGGCUUUUCUCCUUUUCUGAUGUAACGUUUGCGGGGACCAGAGAGCCAGUGGAGGAUGCUUAACAGAACCCGUAACCAAGUGCCUUAAGAAAGUCUGUGAUCGCCACAGGCUGGCUUCCACCCUAGACCCCUACCUCCAUCAGUUAAAGGUGGGGUGGCUUGUUUGAUGGUUGGCAGCUCUCUGCUUGGAUACGUAGGAUGAUGUGUGAUGACACUGAUGAUAUAGUCAUUUUCCUUCACAGGCUGGUCCCAGACUUGAGGCUCAAAUCUUUCCCUAGGGGAAGGGCAAUGGUAGUAGUUAUGUUUGUGGUUUGGAGCAUACAGAAGAGGCAUGGGAGUCAUUCAGAAGUGGUACUCACGCUGUGUGUGUGUGUGUGUGUGUGUGUGUGUGU